CCGCCUUGCAUUGCCCGUUACACAUGGUUUGAACAUAGACUCUGGCGCAAACGCUGCUUCUGCCCUAGCCUAGCCAACCAGCACCGUCAACGCCAACAUCGUGAAGCAGACAUGAAACAGAUAAUGCUACAAAGGUGCAUGAUUGGGGUCGGCCCCGAAUAAAUAUGGACGCUACUUUUAUGGCUUUCCUACUCGAUCGAGGCGCUUAGGGGUGUCAUUUUUUUAUUAGUUACUUCCCACACUCUGGAACCUCAUCAUAAUACGGUAUCAUUUCUCCUGGUUUUGCUUUGCAAUCCUUCUUGGAAGUUUACUUGAAGGGCCAGAAUUGAUAUCCUGCCCCCCAUAGGGCCUGGGCGAACGAAAAGGAUGCGCCAGACACCCAGCUAACUUACACACUCUCAUACCUGCCCGCCAAAGAUCGGUAGCCAGUGCAUUCGUUAUUGUUCCUCACGCGAAGUCCGCCAAGUUCUAGGCUAUGGACUGACUGUUCUGAUACCUGCCCUGUCACAGGCUCUGCCUGAAGGAUGUUUUGCAUCUUCGAUGAUUCCUGCGGCCGGCGCUCAGCCGGGACAAUGAGAGGUUCAUAUCGUGUUCCAUUUUCUCUUGAUCUCCUUUUAAUGCUUUUCUUUUCCUUUCUUUUUUUUGUUGUUAUUUUGGUUUACCUCCUCCUUUCACGCACUGCUGAAUUCUUGCUUUUCUUUGCGCCUUGAUCCCUUCCAUGUUUCCUUGUCGCAGAGCGCGUCGUGAUAGCUCGGUCUUUUUAAUACGAGGAACAGCCGUCACGGUCACCGUUUGGAUCGGCUGGGUGGUUGGGCUUGCUCCAAGUCAAAGGCAGUAAGGAUUGUAUAUCCGUUGCUCUCUCUGCUGUAAUACCCAGGCGUUUCAUCCUAUUGACGCGGACAUAUACUUUUUAAUUCCCUUCUGCCGAUUUUGUACUCUCAAGCUGGUUAUUGAGAACAAAACUCGGUGUAGACUUUUCAAUAUCCAAUCACCAUCUUUCACAUCUGUGCGCUACAACAAAUAUCUAUAGGAGGCUUAUACGAAGGUUACCAUUUUGCCAUCAUUCUCACACUUUCGCACGCUUUUAACCUUAAGUGGGCCCAUUGUUAUUGAGUUAUCUAUUGGAGCCGUCCUCCCAUUCCUUAUUGGGUGUCCCUCAAUAGUUACACAGCCAUGAGCAGUGGAGGAAGCUCAUGGGGUGGCCAAACAGAACGAGCGAGAUGGCCGCCCUUGACGCGGAUGUUGAUGUCAGGAGAGAUGAGUGGAGAGCCGCCACGGGAUUUAACUUUGAAGGAGAAAUUUGAUCGAUGGAUGGUUAACGAAGGGUGGAGAAGACUAUUCGUCUUGGUUUUCAUCGUCUCCCAUUUUAUGAUAUUUGUGUUUGGAUUUCUAAAUUACCAACUAAAGGACAAUCUUAAUGGAGCGAGAGGGAUCUUUGGUCCUACUUUUGCUAUUGCUCGGUCAUCUGCUCUGGUUCUGCAUUUCGAUGUUGCCCUAGUUCUCUUCCCUGUCUGUCGGACCCUCAUAUCACUUGCCAGACAGACUCCGUUGAACGGUAUUAUUCAGUUUGAUAAGAACAUCACAUUUCACAAACUUGUGGGCUGGUCUAUCUUUAUCUUCUCAUGGGUCCAUACAAUCGCCCACUGGAAUAAUUUCGCCCAACUUGCUGCAAAACAAAACCUAGGCUUUAAGGGAUUUAUCCUUGCCAAUGUGGCCAGCGGCCCUGGCUGGUCAGGUUAUGUUAUGCUCAUUGCCCUCACAGCCAUGGUCUUAACGGCGAUGGAGAAACCACGCCGGGCAAAUUUCGAGCGAUUCUGGUACACACACCACCUUUUUGUCAUAUUCUUCGUUUUCUGGGCCGUGCAUGGUGCAUUCUGCAUGAUCAAGCCGGAUUUCCCGCCUUUUUGCAACGGCAUAGGCGUAUUCUGGCUCUUUUGGAUGUACGGGGGAGCGGUAUACCUCCUCGAGCGUAUCAUGCGAGAAAUCCGUGGACGGCACAGGACGUAUAUUUCGAAGGUUAUCCAGCAUCCGAGUAACGUCUGCGAAAUUCAGAUCAAGAAGGAGAAGACGAAAACUAGAGCCGGCCAGUACAUCUUCUUAUGCUGCCCGGAAGUAUCUGUGUGGCAAUAUCACCCUUUCACUCUCACAAGUGCCCCUGAAGAGAACUAUAUCUCAGUCCAUAUCCGAUGUGUCGGGAAUUUUACCAAAGCGCUCGCGAAGUCUCUCGGUUGCGAUUUUGAAAACAAGGGUGGAGAAAAGGCCAAAGCGGGCGUCUUAUCAGUUGUAGGUGUUGAUAAACAAAUUGCCGACGACGAUGUCGAUCCCAAAAUACGCCGCAUUUUACCUAGAGUGUACAUAGACGGCCCAUUCGGAAGCGCGUCUGAAGAUGUAUUCAAGUACGAGAUCGCAGUUCUUGUGGGAGCGGGUAUUGGUGUCACACCCUUCGCUUCGAUCCUGAAGAGCAUCUGGUACCGCAUGAACUACCCACAGAAGAAGACCAGGCUCCGCAAGGUAUAUUUCUUCUGGGUGUGCAGAGAUUUUGGCUCUUUCGAGUGGUUCCGUUCUCUGCUGCUAGCCAUCGAAGCGCAGGACAUGGCUAAUCAUAUUGAAAUCCAUACCUAUCUCACUGCCCGCAUUAAAGUCGACGACGCCACGAAUAUUAUGAUAAACGAUGCAAAUGCAGAGCAAGAUACCAUCACGGGUCUGCGGGCGCCGACAAACUUUGGCCGUCCGAACUGGGACAUGGUUUUCCGGUCGAUUCGCAAGAUCCAUGCCCCAGCUGAGGCGGGCGUGUUCUUCUGCGGCCCUAAGCCCCUAGGUAGCGCGCUUCAUGUGAAGUGCAAUAUGUAUUCCGAACCUGGAUUCAACUUCGUAUGGGGCAAGGAGAAUUUCUAGCUUGGAGGGCUGAAUGGACUCUACAAUGGGAGAAGGAGAACAGGAGAUGGAGUUGGAGAUUGGAGAUUGGAAAUUGGAGGUUGGAAGAUGGAUAAAUGGAUGUUAUGCGUAUCAAUGUAUUUGUACGAUUUCUGUUUCGAUUGUUGUUCCUCUUCCUGAGUUUAAGUUCAAAUAUUUUGCAUACUUCUGUUCUCAAGAGUUUAUUGAUUCUCGGUAGGAAUGAUUUUUCGUGUUAUGGUAAAUGUUUUUCUGGGCAGUUAUGCAUCGGGAAGAAUGUAUCUCGCCAGAGAUCUAUUAGAAACAUAUUUUUUUUUGCUCUCCGA